AUGGCAGAUGAGAUCGCCAAGGCUCAGGCCGCGCGGCCAGGUGGCAACACGACCUUUGGGAAGAUCAUUCGCAAGGAAAUCCCAUCCCAAAUCAUUUUGGAGGAUGACCAGUGUCUUGCUUUCCAUGACAUUUCCCCUCAAGCACCAACUCAUUUUCUGGUGAUACCCAAGAAACCUAUAUCUCAGAUUUCUGUAGCAGAAGAAGAUGAUGAAAGUCUUCUUGGACAUUUAAUGAUUGUUGGCAAGAAAUGUGCUGCUGAUCUGGGCCUGAAGAAGGGUUAUCGAAUGGUGGUGAAUGAAAGUUCAGAUGGGGGACAGUCUGUCUGUCAUGUUCAUCUCCAUAUUCUUGGAGGUCGGCAGAUGAAUUGA